AUGUGCUCCCACCGCAAGCCUUCCCCCCCUACUGACCCGCAGGCUCAGGCUGCGGCGGCCAGGCCCAGGCCUCCGAUCCACAGCUCGAGCAACUACAGCUACCCCUCGACGCGCGACUCGUCGCCGGCUUCCAGCGAGAGGACCCCCUUUGACCUCACCUCGCCCUCGCCCGGCACUCCGCCCGCCACCCGCGCCGAUGCCGCCCACUACUCCGAGGCAGACGAGAAGCGCCUCCACGAGGCUGAUGGCCACUUCUGGGCCCACCGCCGCAUGUCGCAGCACGAGUCGAGCGCCUCGCCCAUGGCCAUGCCCACCCGCCUCCAGGGCUCCUUCACCGCCUCUUCGCAGACCGAUCGCGACCUCGAGGCCGCCUUUGCCUCGAGCUCGCUCAGCAAGGAGGCAUCGCGCCUCUCGCAGGGCAUGUCCGCCCUCGAAGUCGGCGACGACCAAGACGACGAUGGCGCCGACCGCGGCCGUAACAAGGCCGCCGCCAUCCCUGCAUCCGAGGUCGAUCCGAACCCGGACCUGGCCGUUUCGGGCGACGGCUCCCACGUGCCCCCUCCCAACGUAGCCCACGGCUUCGUCUCGGGCGCUGCGGCCGACAGGCAGCCCGCCCUCUCGGCCACCACCGGUGCCAGCGCAACGGCGGCCAGCCACUUUGCCGCAUCGCCCGCCGAGGCCGCCGCCGCCGUUGCUGGUCUGGGCGCCGCCAACCACGAAUCGGCCCACGCGCCGCAGCAGGUGGGCCUCGACGGUGCCGCCGGACCCAACGUCGCCAUCCACGCCGAGCUGUCUGGCGAGCUCAAGGCGCUUUACGGCAGCCUGCAAAAGUGCCUCGACCUGCGCGACAAGUACAUGGGCGUCAGCCUGCAGAGCAAGAUGGAGGACAACCCCAAAAACUGGGACGCCGAGCACUGCGCCCGCGUGGCACGGGUUGCGGGCAACGACGCCGCAGCCGACGCCGCCGCGCCGAGCGCCAGCGUCGCCGAGGGCUCGAUCAAGGUCGACGGCAGCGCGUUUGACGAGGCCACCGGGCAGCCCAAGCCGUGGCGCAUCUACCCGGCCCCGCCGCGGCCGCACUGGGAGCUCUUCAACCCGCCGCCGGCGUCGUCGUUUGUCGUGCGCCCGACCUGCUCGAGAGCACGGGUGCACGUCGUCAAGGGCGACAAGUUUGUGUGGCAGAUGGACGAGGCCGGCGUCAUCCAGGUCUACCGCGGCGAGGCGCCCUCGGCUGCCGGCGCUGCCGACCGGGCCGAUGGCGCGCCGACCAAGAUGGCCGAUGCGGUCGCCGCUGCCGCCGCCGCCACCUCGUCCGGUGGCGACCCGAGCUCGUCGGCCCAAGCACCGGCCUCGACCUCGACCUCGUCGCCGUCGCCUGUAUUCAAGAUCCCGACGAUCCGCGAGUACUUCCGCGACCUCGACUUUCUGCUCAACGUCAUCUCCGACGGGCCCGUCAAGAGCUUUGCCUGGCGCCGGCUCAAGUACCUCGAGAGCAAGUGGAACCUCUACUUUCUGCUCAACGAGUACCGCGAGCUGGCCGACAUGAAGCGCGUGCCGCACCGCGACUUUUACAACGUGCGAAAGGUCGACACUCACAUCCACCACAGCGCGUCGAUGAACCAGAAGCACCUGCUGCGCUUCAUCAAGGCCAAGAUCAAGCGCCACCCGGACGACGUCGUCAUCCACCGCGACGGCAAGGACCUCACGCUGCAGCAGGUGUUUGAGUCGCUCAACCUCACCGCCUACGACCUCAGCAUCGACACGCUCGACAUGCACGCCCACCAGGACGCCUUCCACCGCUUUGACAAGUUUAACCUCAAGUACAACCCGAUGGGCGAGUCGCGCCUGCGUGAAAUCUUCCUCAAGACCGACAACCUCAUCAAAGGGCGCUACCUGGCCGAGAUCACAAAGGAGCUGAUGGCGGACCUGGAGCAGAGCAAGUACCAGAUGGCCGAGUACCGCAUCUCGAUCUACGGCCGCACGCGCGGCGAGUGGGACAAGCUGGCUAGCUGGGUCGUCGACCACGGCCUCUUCAGCCCCAACGUGCGCUGGCUGAUCCAGGUGCCGCGCCUCUACGACGUCUACAAGGCCAACGGCACCGUCGACAACUUCGAGCAGAUUAUCCGCAACGUGUUUGAGCCGCUGUUUGAGGUGACCCAGGACCCCACCAGCCACCCCAAGCUCCACGUCUUCCUGCAGCGCGUCAUUGGCUUUGACCUGGUCGAUGACGAGAGCAAGCCCGAGCGCCGCGUCCACCGCAAGUUCCCCGUGCCCAAGCUCUGGGACUUUAAGCACAGCCCGCCGUACAACUACUGGCUGUACUACAUGUUUGCCAACAUCUCGAGCCUCAAUCAGUGGCGGCGCAUGCGCGGCUUCAACACGUUUGUGCUGCGGCCCCACGCGGGCGAGGCGGGCGACACCGACCACCUGGCGGCCGCCUUCCUGACGUCGCAGUCGAUCUCGCACGGCAUCCUGCUGCGCAAGGUGCCGGCGCUCCAGUACCUCUACUACCUCAAGCAAAUCGGCCUGGCCAUGUCGCCGCUGAGCAACAACGCCCUGUUCCUGUCGUACGAGCGUAACCCGUUCCCCAACUUCCUCAAGAUGGGCAUGAAUGUCUCGAUUUCGACCGACGAUCCGCUCCAGUUCCACCUUUCCAAGGAGCCGCUGCUGGAAGAGUACAGCGUCGCGACGCAGAUCUACAAGCUGACGCCGGCCGACAUGUGCGAGCUGGCGCGCCACAGCGUGCUCCAGUCUGGAUGGGAGAUGGAGAUCAAGCGGCACUGGCUCGGCCCCAACUUCCAAGAGGCCGGGCCGAGGGGAAACGUCGUCGCCAAGUCAAAUGUGCCCGACAUCCGACUGCGCUUCCGCGAGGAGACGCUGCGCGAGGAGCUCGAACUCAUCUGGCAGCAGACCAAACCCUCGGCCCCGCUCUAG